UUAUUUAAAUGUGAAGCAUCAGUCAGCUUAAUUGCAUUUUGCCACGGAACCGGUUUCGCUUAACUUUAAAUUCUAUGAGUACUGUAAAUUAUGUACGGUGAUUUAUAAUUGCACUAUUCAGCUUUCACAACAGACUUACACGCUCUAAUCCAUCUGCCAACUGGUUGCUAUUUCCACUUCCAUUUCCACUUAUCGUGCUGUGGAAACUUGUUUAUUAUAUUAUUAAAAUAGGGAUUACUAUUGGAUGCUUAUUGAUUGCUUUGAUUCACGUGCGAUGCAAUCGGGUCAAGGAGCGGAGCGACUUGACAAGCUUGGCCGACUUGAAUUAGCUGCUCGGGUCAAAAAUGGCACACGAUGCGGUUCCAUUGCUCAGUGGCAAUUGAUCGCGCCACGGGAGUAGUUCUAAUUCUGAAAACUUUACGACUUCCGAUAAAGUGUUGAACGUGCUCUGCGAAAGGAUUUCGGAAAGGAUAAAAUAUAAUCAUGCAUGUUGCAAAUUGCUUGGGUCGAGGUUGAGAUAUAGGAGGAAAAAUGUUUAAAACCUGUAGUGUAAAGUACUUGUGGGGCAUUUUGAUUUGUCUCUACCUCACUUGUAACACCGUUUCCAGCGACUUGAUUAGGGUCGACAAAAACAUUUUAGAGGAUGCCAAUCUGAUCACGCCUGAGCUAAUCAAAAAGUAUGGAUAUCCCGCGGAAACGCAUAAAAUCCAAGCGAAGGACGGCUUUGUCCUUACGGCUCAUCGAAUUCCAAGGCCCGGCGGACAACCAGUGCUCUUGGUACACGGCCUGCUGGACAGUUCAGUUGCAUAUGUGAUUUUGGGCCCGGAAAGGUCCCUGGGUUUCCUGCUCAGCGAUUUGGGAUACGACAUUUGGCUGCUCAACACCCGGGGAAAUCGGUACUCGCGCAAGCACAAGCGAUUCCACCGCUACCAGCCGCAGUUCUGGGACUUCUCCUUCCACGAGCUCGGCGUCUACGAUCUUCCUGCUGCCGUCGACUAUGUCCUCGCCAGGAGCAAGGGCUUCGGGCAGCUGCACUACGUCGGCCACUCGCAGGGCACCACCUCCUUCUUUGUGAUGGGCAGUGAGCGCCCGGCUUACAUGAAAAAGAUCAAGUCAAUGCAGGCUCUGGCUCCGGUGGCAUAUUGGGACUACAUAGUUUCCCCUGUUCUCCUGCCCUUUGUAAAAUACCUGAGGCCUCUGAUUUCCAUUGCGAAAACAUUUGGCAUCUACGAGUUUCUACCGGAAAACGAUGUUUGGCGAAGACUCAUUCACAAGCUUUGCAGCUUUGUCUUCCAAAACACAUGUGCUUACAUCACACAGGAGAUUAUGGGCGUGGACUUCAAACAGUUUAAUAUCAGCCUUGUGCCGCUCUUCACGGGACACUCAUCCGCGGGAUCGUCGGUAAAGUCCCUGGCGCACUUUGGCCAACAGAUCCACAGCGGAGGGUUCUUCAAGUACGAUUACUACAGCGCCUGGGAGAAUCGCAGAAGACAUGGCGCCGACACCCCGCCACAGUACAACGUGUCUAAGGUGGAUUGCAAAGUGGCACUGUACUACAGUAAAAACGACCGCCUGACCUCCGACAAGGAUGUUGUAAGGCUCCGCGACGCUCUGCCCAAUGUGGUGCUCGAUUACCUGAUCCCAGAUCCCCUUUACAACCACGUUAACUUCAUUUGGGGAAACGACGUGAAAACCGUCAUAAAUGAUCGCAUGAUCGAAAUUCUGCGGAGAGUGGACAAUGGCGAGUUGUAGGUUGACUUAGGAAAACUAUAAUAGUGAGCCAAAAAAGGAAGCCAAAUGUAUUUUAUGCAAAUAAAGAACCACUGCUUUGUGUUAGAAAUAACCAAAUUAAAUGUGAUAAAUCUUAUUGCAUGUGCUGUGUAAUUUAUUGUAUUAAAGAAUCGUAUUUUCUUUAAUAUUUAAAAUUAAAACCGAAAUAAAAUGUAUUUUUGUAGCAUAUG